GUCACAGGUUUCGGAUUAAAAUUUAAAUAAAUAUUUGCAUUUCAAAUAGGAUUUAAGUAUCUCGGUUCUAGUCCACAAAAUGCAGCACCUAAUCUACCCCGGGUGUCACUCCCGGGGAAAGUUGCAAUCUUGUUCGGUACAAAGCAACAUCUACUACAUUUCCUCUUCUUUCUGCCCAAUCACACAACACCAGAUCCACCAAGUCCGAGAAGAUGUACCCCUCGAUGCUGAGCCGUGGGCCGGAUGUGGACAUCGAACCAUACUACUGCCUUCCGGUGGGUAGCGUCACAGCCGGCAACGGUAUGGUUCCGUGGAGUCAACCGACCUCACCGACACCGCCGGCCCGUGGUUUCGGAGGACUGCUGUCACCCACGCACACCAACGCCGCCCAUCGGUUAACCUAUCCCAAGAAGAAUGAUGAAGUGCACGGAAGUCAAGCUUCGCUUCUAUCCGGUGGCUCGUCGCUGUACGGUUCGGCAGAGGAACGGCAGGCUACGGAGGUGCGGCGGCUUAAGCGGGAACUGACGGACGCCCGGGACCAGGUGAUGAGCCUGUCCAGUCAACUGUCAACAAAUGUGAGUAUUAACUGCUAGGGAUAAUCCCUACAAACCCGCUUACCUUUCGCAAGCGGAUUCCAAAUUUUGGCCGAAGGCAACAAUUUCCAUUUCCACACACAAACACAGUUUUGACAACUGACAACUUUUUGCUGGGUGAGUAUCUACAUCCAGACAUACAGCAGCCCGACCCACAUAUUAGCUUCCUGUGUUGAGUGCCGUGGCGGGGGUUGGAAACGAGGAAGCAAAACCGAAAACUCUAGCCUACUACGACUGUGUUAUUUACUGGUGGUGGCAUUUAUGCUGAAAUUCGCUCCAUUAUGUUCCAAGUCAAACUGACAUGACAGCGAACGCGAGUCAAAGUGGAAACAGGCGAGAAUAUGUGUACGUGCUCGCCGCUGCUGAUGCCGUCAUCGAGAAGAGUGCAUGGGAAAUUCGCGAGCCUGUAGGAAAAGGAGGGUUGUUUGGGGUAAGACGGUAAUCGCAUCUGUGAAAUAUUAUCAGUUAGAAUAAUUUGUUCAGCAAAGUAAAGAUAUAUGGUAAAUGCUAUAAAAUUUUAUGAUAUUGGAAAAUAAUUUUUUGUAGCACAAAUUUGUUUCAUUCUUCAAAUGAU